UAAACGAAAAAAAAAGAAACGUAAUUGUAGGCAGACGAGAACCAUGGCGGCGGUUGCUUUCGCGAAAUUGUACUUUUGCUGUGUUGUACGCUUUUCUGACCGAGAAUUCAAGCGUUGAAGAAGAAACAUUACAGAAAUUGAGUAAAAAUAAACAAUGAGUAACGUUGGUGGUACGAGUAAUGAUUCGGAUGACGGUGGAGAUGAUCAAGAAGCAUCUUCUUUUUUAAAGGAUCAAAAUGUUGAAGAUGCAUUAACAUCAUUCAGAGAGCAGUGGCAACGUGAACUGGAAAUAUCACCGAAACGAGAUAUAUCUAAAACACAUUCUACUCGGUCUGUCAGUACAGAAGUAUCUAAGGAUGAUUCACAAUCUAUUGAAAACAAAGCAAAGAAUUUGUUCCUUAAAGGUGUAGAACACGAACAAAGCGGGAAGUUGUAUGAAGCAAUUCAAUUUUAUAAGCGUGCCGUACAAUUAGUCCCUGACAUUGAAUUUCGUUUGUAUGAAUCAACAAAAAUAAAAUCACGAGAAAGAUUUGAAUCGGAUGAUAAUCUUGGAAGUAUUGAUAAUGAUACACAUAAUGCGGAUGACAAUGACAAAGACGAAGAAGAAGAUGCUGAAGAUGAAAGCGAUCUAUCUGUUAAACUAUCGAGAAUUGUCAACCGCAAUCAAUGUGUUUGCUUUCGAAAAUUUGAACAAAGUACAACACAUAUAUCUGCUUUACCAAUGGAAAUAAUACUUUACAUUUUGCGAUGGGUCGUUUCUUCAGAACUUGAUUUGAGAUCACUUGAAAUGUUCUCUAGAGUAUGCCGCGGAUUUUAUAUAUCUGCAAGAGACCCAGAAAUAUGGAGACUUGCUUGUAUCAAGGUAUGGGGUGUAAAUUGUGGAACUUAUGAACCAAAAUAUCAAUCAUGGAGGGACAUGUACGUACAACGGCCUAGAUUAAGAUAUAAUGGAUGUUACAUCAGUAAAACAAGUUACAUUCGCCAUGGAGAAAACAGUUUUCAAGAUCAAUUUUAUAAACAUUGGCAUUUGGUUGAAUACUUCAGGUACCUGAGAUUUUUUCCCGAAGGAAGAGUCCUUAUGCUGACAUCUACAGAUGAAGCACAAACCUCUGUUAAUAGUUUAAAAAAUCGUAUCCCACGAAAUUCUUCAGUAUUGAUAGGACACUACAGAUUAUGCGAUAAUUUCGUUACAUUGGUACUCAAAAGACAGGAUACUAAAGGAAAUAAUAAUACGUGUCGUAGAAGGAGACAAAGAGAGACAGUACAUGAUAGCGGAGAACAAACAUUUCAUGUUGAGUUUGAAAUUCAAAAUCACCAUAGAAGGAUUAAUUCACAACUAUCAUGGCUAAGAUAUAAUAUAUUUACUAGAUAUAGAAAUGGGCAGGAACCAUGCGUAAACACUAUGAAUCUUAGCGGACGAUACCCACCAUUCAGGUUUAGCAGAGUUAAGAGUUAUACUCAGGAAAGUGAGGCCCCAUUGCAGUGAUAAAAAUUGCUUGAGAAUCAGAUUUGGUAAGAAGAAUAUAUUGAUAAGAAUUUAAACAACAUAAGAAUAACAAAAGAUAAAUUAAAAAAUUACAAAUUUCUUCUAUACAAAUGUUCAUUAAAAUAUUAUUAUUUAAAAUCUUUAAAAAGGAAAAUGUGUCCUGUGACAUAUUGUCGCGUGAUAUAAUUAUUUUGUUACGUAUAUUCGGAACGUAAAGCUUGAGUUACAGAAAAGCAGUAGUAAGGCUAUACAGAUUGCUUAUACUAUCGAUUAGCGAUAUUUUUAAAGUUCUAUAAUAUUUGGAUAUUGUAGAUGUAAAAAUAAUCUUUAUCUUUAUUAAUUUUAAUAGUGUUAUUUUUCAUUAAGUCUAUAUUUAUAUAUCUAUACAUAACUUUUCAUUGUGAUUUAUUAUUGCUUUAAGCACUUAUAUGGUGCCUUAUGUGCUUUUAAAAGUAGGUGCUUAUAUGUGAAAUGUUGUAUCAUUUUAAUUUCAUCUCAAAAUAAUUACACGUACACGGUCUAUUUCGCAAAAUAGUUGUUAGAAUUUAAUUUUGAUAGCGAACGCAUGGUACGUUUAUAUGUAUAUAUAAUAUUUAUGAUUCGAAAUCUUUAUAUAUCAUGCGAUCGCUAGAAAUAAUAAUAAACUAUAAGUGAACUAACUUGCAAUAUACUUUCAAUCAAAGUACACGUAAAAAAUAAUUCAUAAAAGUAUUAAUAUAUAUCGAUUAACUCUAUAUUACACGAAAGCUAAUUAUUUAAUAGAUGUCAAAACAGUUAAAAGAUCUAUUUAUUGACUUGAUCUACAUCUACUAUGUGACUAUUAAUAUUGUUUUAAAAUAAAAUCAUUAAAAAAGAAUUCGAGUCGAAAAAGACUAUAGUACUGUAUAUAAUCGAGCGAUGAUGGAAUUUAAUGAACGUCCAUAUUUUUGAACAAUUUUAUUUCUCUAAAUAUCGGAUUUGGUAUAGUAAAGUGUAAGAAUUUAUAGAAAUGAGAAAUUGGAAACGUCUUUGGGGACAUUGGUAGGUGAUGAUAUCGAUAAUUACAACCAUACAAUAAACAUAUUUUUGAUGUGCUUA